GGCUGAGGGAGGGGUGGAGUUGGCUCCUCUUCUGAGGGUCCCGCAUCGGGUCGGUGGAAGCUUGUAGGAGGUUAGACGUCUGGCUGGUCCUGUUACUGUCGUGGACCUAACGGUUCUUGAGUGAAGCUGGAAACGCUGCACGUUGGUCCAGAUGAGUUCCUCUGCUGGCAUCUCCAUGGAUGACACUUUCUUGGAUAAAUUCAUGUCUUACCUGAAGGGCUUGGAUCAGUAUCAGCUGGAGGAAUUUAAACUUUGCCUCCAGUCCCCACAGCUGAUGCCUGAGAACUUCCCGAAGAUCCCCUGGACAAACUUGAAAGCCGUUGGUCCCAGUAACCUAUUCUGUCUGUUGAGUGACUACUUAUCGGUACCACAGAUACGGGAUGUGACCCUCUGCAUCUUUGAGAAUAUGAAGCUGAUGUCACGAUGUGAGGAGAUAAGAGCAGAGAUGAACGAGAGCACACAAGCAUUGGGGCUCCAGGAUCCAGGCCAAGAAGAACCUGAGGUGCCAGAAGAAGAAACAGCCCACAGGAGAAAGUACAGAGAGAGGAUGAAGGAUAAAAUACUGCUGAUGUGGGACAGUAUCCCUUGGCCUGAAGGCCACAUCUAUCUCCGUCACAUGACCGAGCAGGAGCACGAAGAGCUGAGGAGCCUACUGUAUCCUAACAGGACUGGAGCCCAGCCCGAGACCAUCAUCUUGGGGGGCAGAGCAGGGGUUGGGAAGACCAUCCUGGCCAUGAAAGUCAUGCUGCAUUGGGCAGAGGGCUCUCUCUUUCAGCACAGAUUCUCCUACGUUUUCUAUAUCAGCUGCCACAAGCUUCAAAGAAUGAGGAACACCACCUUUGUUGGCCUGCUUUCCCAGGACUGGCCCGACUCUCAGAUCCCCCUCACCGAGUUGAUCAAUCAUUCCGAAAGGCUCCUGUUCAUCGUUGACGGCUUUGAGGAAAGUGCUGUGUCCUCCACCCUGGAGAGGAGCCCACCCUGUUCAGACUGGUAUACGCCACUCCCAGGGGACAGACUCAUCCUCCACUUGCUGAAGAAGGAGUUGGUGCCCCAGGCUACCUUACUGAUAACAGCCCGUGACACUCAGAUUGCCUAUCUUAAAAAGUUGUUACCGAACCCACACUUCAUCUUCAUCUCAGGCUUCACAGAGGAAGACCGGGGGGAGUACUUCAUCAGGUUCUUUGGUGACCAAGACAAAGCUAAUGCAAUCUUGCGAUGGCUAAGACAAAAUGAAACUCUCUUUGAUUGGUGUUCUGCCCCCCUGGUCUGCUGGACUGUCUGUUCCAGCCUGAUGUGGCAGAUGACAAGAAAUCCUUCUUUCGAGAUGAGCACCCAGACCGUGACCAGUAUCUAUGCCUAUUUUUUUUCCCAAUUGUUCACAACAGCAGAGGUGAAUUUGUCAGAUCAGAGCUGGCCGGAGCAGUGGAGAGCCCUCUGCUCUCUGGCUGCAGAAGGAAUGUGGUGCUUGAAUUCUGUAUUUGCGAAAGAGGUCCUGGAACACUGCCAUCUGGAGGCCUCUUUUAUUGAUUAUCUCUUGAGGUUGAAUAUUCUUCAAAAGGUCAUUGACUGUGAGGGCUGCAUCGCUUUCACUCACCAAAGUUUCCAGAUGUUUUUUGGGGCCAUGUUCUAUCUGCUCCGGGGGACAGAAGGAUCUGUUGGUGGACUUCCAAAGUUUGACGAGAUAAAGGUGUUCAUAAAUGGUGUCUUCACUGACACCAACCUGUACUGGCAUCAGAUAGCGCUUUUUCUCUUUGGUCUUUUCAAAAGAGACUUAGCACGAGAACUAGAAGUUAGUCUACACUGUGAAAUGUCUCCCAGGGUAAUAUAUGCAUUAUUAGAUUGGACGGAAGCGUUGGCUGUGGACGAUCCUGCCUACAUCCAUUUCGAGUUCCUUCAGUUUUUUCAGUGCUUGUGUGAGAUGCAGGAUGAAAACCUUGUGCAGAAGGUUUUGAAUCGCCUUCUUGAAGCUGAUAUUGACAUCGAUAAGAAUGAGGGACUCCAUGCUUCGUCCUUAUGCCUGAAGCACUGUCCAAAGUUAACUAGGCUGAGGCUCUCCAUCAGCAGUCCCAUUCCUCAAGUGCAAACUCGGCGGGAAAGGGUUGUCGACUUUAAGAUGCAUCAGUGGCAGGACAUUUGCUCCGUGUUCUGCAAUGGACAUAUGAGAGAGCUGGACUUGAGUAACAGUAAGCUUAAUACAUUAUAUAUGAAGAAACUCUGUCACGAGCUUGGAAGUUCAAGGUGCAAACUCCAAAAGCUGACGUGCAAAUCGAUGUCUCCAGUGAGGAUCCUGAAGGAGCUCGUCCUUGUCCUUCACUGUAACCCCAACUUGACCCAUCUGGACUUGAGCUCUAACAACCUAGGAAUCACUGUGUCCAUGAUGAUUUUCAGAACUUUGAGGCACCCAUCCUGCAGCCUCAAGUAUCUCUGGUUGGAGUCCUGUGGCCUCACCUCUGAGGUUUGUCAUCAGCUCUUUAUGGAACUCGGCAAGAACACAAGUCUGAACUUUCUCAGCCUGGGGGACAACAGUCUCUGUGAUGUUGAGAUUAAAAGGCUGCAAGGGCCCUUGGGGACAUCCAAGUGCCCCCUGAAGGAACUGUCACUGGAGAAAUGCAGCCUGCCGGUGGCCAGCUGUCGGGACUUGGCCUUGCUUCUCAUCAGCACCCAUAGAAUGACUCGCCUCUGCCUGGGAUUUAAUCAGAUCCAAGAUGCUGGCGUGAAACUUCUGUGUGCUUCCCUUGCUCACCCCAAGUGUCUCUUAGAGAGGCUGGUGCUCUGGUUCUGCCAGCUUAGUGCAGCAAGCUGUAGGUACUUGUCAAACGCCCUCCUCCAGAACAAACGCUUGACACACCUGAAUUUGAGGAAGAAUAACCUGGGAGAUGAGGGAGUGAAGUUUCUGUGUGAGCCCCUGCGUUGUCCAGAUUGCAACCUGCAAGACCUGAACUUGUCAGAUUGUUCUUUCUCGGUGGAGGGCUGCCGGGAGCUUGCUGAUGCCCUCAGGCACAAUCAGAGUCUGAAAAUUUUGGAUCUUGGGGAAAAUGAUGUUCGUGACAAUGGGGCGAAGGAGCUGUGUGAGGUUCUGAAGCAUGUAAAUUAUGCACUGAAGACCCUCGGGUUGGAGAAAUGCAAUUUGACUCAUAAUUGCUGCCAGCAUCUCUGCUCUGUGCUCAGAAACAAUAGAAGCUUGGUUCAUCUGAACCUUUUAGGAAAUGAUCUGGGGCCUGAUGGAGUCAACAGGCUGUGGACAUCCUUGAAAAAAUCAACAUGCCAACUGCAGAAACUCGGGCUUAAUGAAGACUUGUAUUCCCUAGUGAAAAAGGACUUGGAGGAAUUACAGGAGAAGGGGUCCUUGCUGAGAAUUGCAUAUAAGUGGGAUUUUAAUGACCAUGAAGACAGAUGGUGGUGGUGAUCCAGUGGUGAGAGGCCACAGCUUUCCCAAGGAACAUCCUCAAACUACAGCCACCAGGAGGUCCUGACCCAAAUGUUGCUCAGGUGCUAGUGUUCAUGGGGACCUGUGAGCCGUGACCUCCAGGAUUUCUGGCAUAGUUUGUCACAGACAGCACAGUAAGCACCCAGUCUCUGGAAUCCUAGUCUAAUGCUCUAUUUGGCCCAAGAUCCUACACUGGCUUUGCCCUCAGUGCUUUUUUUGGUUCUUGGUGUAGUGUUAUUUGAUUCUGGAGUCUGUUAAGAAGAUGGAAUAAAGCAAAAGGUAUGAAAUG